GUAGCCUGCACACGGUUUGCAGAGGAUGAGACCUGUCCGGCGACCGCACAGGGAACAGAAGCGCCGUCUUCAGGUGUGUCAUACAUAUACUCAGGUGGAGAUGGAUCAGUCUGAGACAUGAUCCUCUGACAUAGCCUGUCUUUCAUUUCCAACACUUCGGCUCAUCUCUAACCUGUCUCCGGUUCCGGUACGAUCAACCAUCCAAGAGGCAUGGGUGCGCUGCAGUCCUUACCUGGUCAACAAGAAUACGUUGAUCUGGCGGAAAAGACCGGCUUCUCACUGGAACAGAUCAGAAUCUUACACAAAAGAUUCAAGCAGCUGAGCCACGAAGAAGAAACUCUGCGGAGAGAUCACUUCAAUGGAAUUCCAGAUCUAGCUUGCAAUCCCAUCCGGGCGCAGAUCGUAGAGGCCUUCUUUGACAGGAGAAACUUUCGGCAGAACGUCGAGGGCACGGUUGAGGAGAUCGGCUUUGAGCAGUUCCUGGUGGUCAUGUCCCAUUUCAGGCCCCCGUCACUGCAAAUGACAGAGGAACAGCGCGAGAGCGUCAGGAAGGAGAAACUGAGAUUUUUAUUCAACAUGCACGACACAGACAACAAUGGGACGAUAACACUUGAGGAAUACAGACACGUGGUGGAGGAGCUGUUAUCUCUUAGCGAGACACUGGAGAAGGACACAGCCAAAAGCAUUGCUGAUGCAGCCAUGUUGGAGGUGGCCAGUAUUUCAAUGGGUCACAUGGAACCUGAUGAAUUCUAUGAGGGAAUCACAUUUGAGCAUUUCCUUAAGUUGCUGAAGGGCUUUGAGAUUGAAUCAAAAAUGAACAUUCGCUUUUUGAAUAUGGACACGACAACCUUGUGCAAGUGAGGCUGGUACACUAAACUAUGCAGUGACUUUUGGGAAAACUCUGAAGACGCAUAUAUAUGGCUUCACCGUCUUUUGUUUCCAGUUUGUCGCUUGCAGUGAAUAAUAUUGCCUUACUAAUGUUUGAAUAACUAUGCAAAUACAAUGGAAACAUGUAUGCUGCAGGUGUAGAAGUAGUUCAUUAAACUGUAAGCAAUAAUAUGAGAAUAUCAGUCAAAUAGCAAUCAGCCUGUUUGUAGCUGAACUAAGCAAUAAUCAGAUAUCUGAAGGAACAGACAGUAUCACUAUGCAUGCAAACACUGAUGCUCGAAGAACCUUUAUAAAUGUCAAUGCCAUAAAUCAAUAACUCUUAAUAUUCAGGGAUAUAAAGGUUUGUCUUUAAAUAUAUAUGGGUGUGUCUAAUAAUAGCAAUACAAUCAUUUGAAAUGCCUUUUAUUCAUGUAACAAAGGUGACACUUGGUGCAUGCUCAGCACACGACAUUUGCACAAUAAAAACCCCACGAAACAGAUCUGACUUCAGUUCAUUAUGUAGUUCUGAUAAAAAGGAAACGGGAGUGCUGUCAUGCAAGAUUAAAUGCUUGAAGGCAGUAUCUGUUUCAUCCUUGUUUAAGAUGCUUGAUGGUAAAAGGUGUGGCCUAAUUGCCCGUAAAACAGCAGACCCUCUGUAAUCCAACUUAUAAUGCAACAAAUAUACAGAUUUAUUAGCAACAUCAUAAAGAACAAUAAUCUAAUUUAAGUCUUCAUUAAGGUCCACAAUCAUUAACAGGCAAGUUGGGGUGAAAAAGAAAAAUCAGUGUGAAAGCACUUUAAGAAUAAAUGCAGUUGGGAGGUCUCUCUCCUCAUGUUUCUUGUCCAUCUCUAGUGUCACUAUCAAUAAUAAAGCUGUCAUCAGUACCUGUUUAUUUUGUCCCCAGCUCUUUGCAUCACUGUAUGAACAGGUACUGAGUCACUGUGUUGUGUGUUGGAUGUAAACUUUCACUUCAUGUUUUAAUAUUUCCUGUAAAUGCCAAAUGACAGACUGUCUAGAAUGUCCAAAGAUACCUAUCAGCACUGUGGUGCAAUGUGUUCAGUCAUGGGUGUAUACUGCCCUCCACAGGUCAAAACAUGUAAAGCAUGAUGGAUGAUAAAUAACCUGCACCUGAUGCAUUAAAAAUAUUCCUAUGUCAUUUCUUUAGUUGGUGUUUUUAAGUUAGGAAAUGAAUAAUGUACAAUGCAGUGCUUUUAAGCAUGGCACAUGUUGGGUCAUUUAGUGCAGGUGCUCAUAAGCUGAAUUACAAUUCAUACAUUUAAAGUUGUCAUUGUAUCAUUUAGGCUUUUUCUUUGUAAAGCUGUCCACAUUUUGCAAUAAAAUA